GUACGUGCUGUCGGCGAGCCCGUGUGGGUCGAGCACGGGGCCGGCUAUCGCGGCGGCGGCGAGCAUGGCGGCGGUGACGCUGGGGACGGAGACGGACGGGUCGAUACUGUGCCCGGCGUCGCUGAACUCGGUGGUGGGGAUCAAGCCCACGGUGGGGUUGACCAGCCGGGCCGGAGUCGUCCCAAUCACACCUAGACAAGACACCGUCGGGCCGAUUUGCCGCACCGUGACAGAUGCGGUACACGUGUUGGACGCCAUUGUUGGCUACGAUGACCUCGAUGGGGCAGCCACGAGCGCAUCUUCUGAGUACAUCCCUCAUGGUGGAUACUUGCAGUUCCUGAAGACUGAUGGACUAAACGGGAAGAGGAUCGGCGUUCCCAAUGGCUUCUUCAGCUAUCCAAAUGGCACCGUGCAACACACGGUUUACCAGCAACAUCUCGACACAAUGAGGAAACAAGGAGCAAACGUGAUUGAGAAUCUCGAUAUAGAUAAUUUAAAUGUCAUCCUGGACACCCUUAACAAUGGCCAAGAGAUUGCAUUAGCAGCAGAGUUCAAGUUGAGCCUCAACUCCUAUCUAUCAGACUUACAAUAUUCUCCAGUUCGCUCGCUUGCAGAAAUCAUAGCCUUCAACAAUGCCCAUCCUGUCGAGGAAAAGAUGGAUGAAAUAGGGCAGAUCAUCUUCCUAGUGGCCGAGAACACGACCGGCAUUGGUGCCAUCGAGAGAGAGGCGAUCAAUAAGUUGAACAAGCUGUCUUCCGAUGGGCUUGAGAAGCUGAUGAGGGAGCACGAGCUGGACGCGAUCGUGGCGCCCAACAGCGCCGCGUCCCCCGUACUUGCCAUAGGCGGCAUGCCAGGCAUCACCGUUCCUGCCGGGUACGGCGAGAUGGGGGUGCCGUUUGGUCUCAGCUUCGGUGGGUUGAAGGGGUACGAGCCAAGGCUGAUCGAGAUGGCGUAUGCGUUUGAGCAGGUUACCAUGGUCAGGAAGACUCCCACGUUCUUGCCUAAGCAUUAUGGCUUGGCUGCCGCCGUCCUCACUCUGGUCGUGGUCACCGUCGCCGGCGCCGCACACGGCUUUGAGUUCCACGAGGCCACCAUCGACGCCAUCCAGCUCGGCUUCCGCAACGGCAGCCUCACCUCGACGACGCUCGUCCGGUUCUACCUGGACCAGAUCAGCCGCCUGAACCCGCUGCUGCGCGCCGUCAUCGAGGUGAACCCGGACGCGCUCCGGCAGGCGGCCUGCGCCGACGCCGAGCGCGGCCGCGGCCAGCCCACCGGCGCGCUGCACGGCGUCCCCGUCCUGCUCAAGGACAACAUCGCCACCCGCGACGCGCUCAACACCACGGCCGGCUCGUUCGCGUUGCUCGGCUCCGUGGUGAGGCGGGACGCCGGUGUGGCGGCCAGGCUCCGGCGGGCCGGCGCCGUGGUGCUCGGCAAGUCCAACUCCUCCGAGUGGUCCGAGUUCCGCAACGUCGACAACGGGUGGAGCGCGCGCGGCGGCCAGACGCGCAACCCGUACGUGCUCUCGGCCGACCCGUGCGGGUCCAGCGCCGGGUCGGGCGUAGCCGCGGCGGCGAACAUGGCGGCCGUGACGCUGGGCACCGACACCGACGGCUCCAUACUCUGCCCGUCGUCGUUCAACUCCGUGGUCGGGAUCCGGCCGACCCUCGGGCUCACCAGCCGCGCCGGCGUCGUGCCCAUCACCCCGUUGCAGGACACCGUCGGGCCGAUUUGCCGGACGGUGUCGGACGCGGUGCACGUGCUGGACGCCAUCGUCGGCUACGACGAGCUCGACGCCGCGGCCACCGGAGCGGCGUCCAAGUUCAUCCCUCCCGGCGGGUACACGCAGUUCUUGAAGAAAGAUGGGCUGAGAGGGAAGAGGAUCGGCGUCCUCCGUGGAUUCUUCCGACACGCAGGCACGCAGCCACUGAGGGUGUACGAGCAGCACCUCGCCACCAUGAGGAAACAUGGGGCCGUGGUGGUCGAUAACCUGCAUGUCGCGGCCAAUCCGACGGCUCUGUUGGAUGAUAUCAGCUCCAACGAGGGGAUUGCGAUGCAGGCAGAGUUCAAGCUGAGCAUAAACGCCUACUUGGCAGACUUGCUCUACUCCCCGGUCCGUUCGCUAGCAGACAUCAUAGCUUUCAACAACAAGCAUCCUGUGGAGGAGCGGAUGAAAGAUUUCGGGCAGGACGACCUUAUCGCGGCCCAAAAUACAACCGGCAUUGGCCCCGUGGAAAGAGUUGCAAUACGACGGCUAAAGGAACUGUCGGCUAAUGGGCUGCAGAAGCUGAUGAAGGAGCGGCAGCUAGACGCGAUCGUGACGCCCAGCAGCGACGCUUCUAGCCUUCUAGCCACGGGUGGUCACCCUGGCAUCGUUGUGCCAGCGGGGUAUGACGAGCAAGGGGUUCCCUUUGGCAUAUGCUUCGGCGGGCUGCAGGGGUACGAGCCGAGGUUGAUCGAGAUGGCGUAUGCAUUCGAGCGGGCUACCAAAGUGAGGAUGCCGCCCAUGUUCAAGCCCUAGCUGGAACGCACAAUCAAGAGUUAAGUAUAACCCCUAGUGUGUGCAUCAGUCAUUCAGGAACUUGGUGUGAGUGUUCAUGAUGCUUUGUAUUCCCUUCAUGCUCGAUAACAUGAGUUAAUAGAAAACACCAUUUAUGUCUCUUA